CGCUCAGCUUCUCGUGGGAACUUCGCUCAAUCUUACCCAUCAUCGUCACAGCUUGCCACACAACACACACCCGCCCACUUCCGCAACCUGCCCAACUAGCACAAUGGCCUCCCCCAUAUACGCCACCGCCGACUCCAUGCCCUUCAGCCCCACCGGCACCGGCGCUAACCACGCUCUCAAAGGCAUCAUCCUCGUCGGCGGCCCCUCGGUCGGAACGCGCUUCCGCCCCUUGUCCCUCGACUGCCCCAAACCGCUUUUCCCCAUCGCGGGUCAGCCUAUGAUCUACCAUCAUGUCUCUGCGCUAGCGAAGUUGCCCGGGAUGAGGGAGAUUCUGGUCGUCGGGUUCUUUGAGAAUUCGGUUUUCGAUAGGUUUUUGACCGAGGUGCAGUUGGAGUUUCCCACUGUGCCCAUUAGAUACCUGCGGGAAUACCAAGCUUUGGGAACUGGUGGCUCGCUGUUCCACUUCCGCGAUCAGAUCAUUCGUGGAGACCCUGACCAGCUCUUUGUCCUGAACGCCGACAUCGCAACUUCUUUCCCCCUCACAGACAUGAUCAAGACGCACGCAAAGCACGGCGGCGUCGCAACCCUGCUCGCGAACCGCGUCGACCGUUCUCUUGUCUCAAAGUACGGAUGUGUCGUCGCGGACCCAGAGACGAAGGAAGUGCUCCAUUUCGUCGAAAAGCCCGAAUCCGGCCUCUCCGAUCUGAUCUCCUGCGGAAUUUACCUCUUCAACCGUGAGAUCUUCGACGUGAUGCGUCGGGCCCUGCAAGAGCGCCAAGCCAAGAUCGCCGACUCUGGCUACGACGACUCGAUCGCGCGCGGCGGCGCCGAGAAGUUCAUGCUGGAGCAGGACGUGCUUAUCCUCCUCACCUCGGCCAAGAAGCUGUACACGCACAUCUGCCACCCGACAAAGGACUUCUGGAUGCAGAUCAAGACCGGCAGCUCCGUCAUCCCGGCCAACCGCAUGUACCUCCAACACUUCCUCCACGCCGCCCCGCGCAAGCUCUCCAACGCCCCUAAACCGAAUCUUAACGACCUCACCAACCUCACCACGGGCGGGAACACCACCGCCACCGUGAUCCAGCCGGCCUACAUUCACCCGACCGCGGUGCUGCACCCGACCGCCAAACUCGGCCCCAACGUCUCCAUCGGCCCCCGCGUCCUCCUCGGCCGUGGCGUGCGUGUCCGCGACGCAAUCCUGCUCGACAGCGUGGAGGUCAAGAACGACUCGUGUGUUCUGAACUCGGUCGUCGGGUGGGACUCAAAGAUCGGGAGCUGGUGCCGUGUGGAGGGCGCCCCCGGUGAAAGUAAUGCGCUGAAUGCAACCUUGAAAGGGUACAAGAUCCCCUCCGCGACUAUUCUGGGCAAGGACGUGACGGUGCAUGAUGAGAUUGCAAUAAGGAAUUGCAUCGUCUUGCCCCACAAGGACAUCAAGACUAGCCAGCAUAACGAGAUCCUUAUGUAGAUUUUGGUCAUCUAUAAAAACUCGGACUGCCUGCGCUUUGCACUCCGUAUCUUUUCGAGAAAGGCCGAUUGUUUGGGGGUUCAUGAUUGCUAUCACUUCUAAUUUUUUGCCGUAGUAGAAUAAAAAUCUCCUUUUUCCGAAACCGACACGCAGAGCUAGGAGUCCUCCCAAAAGACUGAUUAGAAAUCAUCCCUACGAAGACUUACAAUCCAGCACUACUCCCACCUAAACCUCCGCAUCCAAAUCCCCAGCCAAGGCACCCCCCAACCUCCUAACCCCCCUCAACCUGGCACAUAACCUCCCAAACACCUCCCCACUCCCUU